AUGGACGCAGCGACUGUCGCGCACGUGCUGGCCAAGAGCCUUCCGGAGUUCGCAGAGCCACCGGCAGAGGAACUGCAAGUGACUCCGAGUCACGACACAGAGUGGCAUCAGGUGUACUUUGUUAGCAACGGACGCAGCAAAGUUGUGGUCAGUGUACCGUCAUGGUCCGGUACGGAGCUCCUCAGCAAAACGCUUGCAGAAACAGCUUUGGCCGGCUUGGGUCCAAACCAUAUCGCCACUUUGAACCACGACGGUCAUGUUCUUUUGGUGAACGAGUUCUUGGAAGAUGGCACGUUGCAAUCCGACGACUUGAACGCAGACAUCCUGGAACAACUCGGGUCGUUGUACGCGCGGCUACACAAGGUCAACACGUCAUGGUUCGAGCCUGUGCGUGAGAAACUAGUGCAAGAGGGGGUUUUCACCAGCAGUGAAAGUGACUGGGCAUUUUGCCUGUGGGUGCUUCCGCGUUUCCUGCGAAUCCUAUGUGUUAGCCAUGCAGCCCUAGCAUCUACCGGACGACUCCUGACUUGCAAGCUUCAAGGCAUGGUGCCUGAGUCGAACAAGCAAGAGUUGGCAGCGGAAGGCGUGAACUGGGACUUUCUUGCUUCCGAACUCAAGUCUUUGCCUACGUGUCCGGAGCUCCCAAGUGGGGGAUUGACAUCCCGCAGCGUUUGCGUUCAUGGGGACGCUCAUUUGGGCAACAUCAUGUGGCACCAGGGCAAGCUGCGAUUGAUAGACUUCGACAUGACUUCACUCGGACCUGCGGGUGCCGACCUCGCAUACAUCGUCUUGAUGCUGUUUCGCUGUGGCUUCAGUCCAGAUGCAAUCCUCGAUGUUGACUCGCAGCGCCGGUUUGCUCGCUCCUACUUGGAAGAGUCGGGGUCGCCAUCCACAGGCGAAGAUAUCGAUGCUUUCUUGUUGGACAUGCAUUGCUGGGCAUAUGUUGGCCUGCUGCAGAUGGGGCUGCUCUGUGCGGUUCUGAUGCACAAUGAGGGGAAUCCAGCGAAACGAGCCCUCAUGAAAGAAAGAGGGCCCGUGCUGCUGCAUCCUGCAUUUCUCUCUAAAGCCAAAGAAAUCAUGCGCUCAGCCGCAGCAGAUAAAGGCGUGGCUGACCAAUUGCUGUCCAAAGGUUUGUUUUUCGCUACCGAGUCAGUGUGGCGCUCAUAA